AUGGCAAUGGAUCUCUCCCAGAUGGGGGCAUGGGCCAAAUCUGCUCCCCACUUCCAUGGCGACGGAUCUACCACUCACCUUGACCUCGAGCUCGAGCUUUCCCGUACCGCCUCCACCACCACGUUCCCAACCACGAGACCCAGCAAUGGGUACUCCCCUUCCCUGGAAGCCUAUGUGAACGCCCCAAAAUCGUCUCAGCCAUGGUCUUCUCUCAACGUUAGCGGCCGCUAG